AAUGUAAAUUUAUCGAUACACGCGCUGAGUCAAAACAUUAACAAAAAACAUGGUUGAUAAAUGUUAAUUUAAGUACUUAAAUUGCCGAAUUCGAACGUUUAAACAACGUUAAGAGAAUAUCCCGCUUCAUAAGCUUCUAGCCGACGACAUCCCUCCCUCAGGAAGCAGCACCCAAUUCAAGACCAAUCUACAUCCAAAAUCACUCAGAGAGACCUCGAGAGAAAGCACACAAAAAAUGGAUCGUAAGGCUGAGCUGGAACGAAAAAAGGCCAAAUUGGCGGCCUUGCGCGAGGAGAAGGAUCGUCGGCGGAGGGAAAAGGAGAUUAAAGAUAUGGAAGAAGCGGCCGGACGCAUUGGCGGUGGCGCUGGCAUAGACAAAGAUCAGCGAAAAGAUCUGGAUGAAAUGCUUUCGUCCCUGGGCGUGGCACCUGUCUCCGAGGUUCUGUCGUCUUUGUCAUCGGUCAACUCAAUGACGUCGGAAAAUUCCAAUACACAGACCCCCGACGCCAGCCUCCAGGCCACUGUCAAUGGUCAAAAUGGCGGCAAGAAACAGCCCUUGAAUCUGAGCGUUUACAAUGUGCAAGCUACGAACAUUCCACCAAAGGAGACCCUGGUCUAUACGAAACAAACACAAACGACCAGCUCCGGGGGACAUGAGCGUGAUGUUCUUUCUUGCCACUCCUCGCCUCUGUCAGGAUAUAUGGAGGACUGGUGGCGUCCACGUAAAGCUCAUGCUACGGAUUAUUAUGAUGAAUACAAUCUUAAUCCGGGUUUAGAGUGGGAGGAUGAAUUCACAGUGCUUGCAUUUGAUGCCCAAGGAGAUGACGAAGAGAGCUCCCUACCCCAUUUGGAUAAUGGCUUCUCAUCGAAGCUGCCGCCCGGUUUCCUCACCCAUGGCCUGCCCACGGUGAAGGAUGUGGCACCGGCCAUAACACCGCUGGAGAUCAAAAAGGAGCACGAGAUCAAGAAGGAGGUCAACGAGCUGUCUGAGGAGCAGAAACAGAUGAUCAUUCUAUCGGAGGACUUUCAGAGAUUCGUGGUGCGAGCCGGACGUGUUAUUGAGCGGGCCCUGUCGGAGAACGUGGACAUCUACAUGGACUAUAUCGGCGGUGGAGACAGCGAGGAGAGCAACGAUGAGCGCUCACACGCCCGUCUCUCACUGAAUCGGGUAUUCUACGAUGAGCGCUGGUCGAAGAAUCGGUGCAUUACCAGCAUGGACUGGUCCACACACUUCCCAGAGCUGGUGGUGGCCUCGUAUCACAACAACGAGGAGAGCCCCAACGAGCCGGACGGCGUGGUGAUGGUGUGGAAUACCAAAUUCAAGAAGCGCACACCCGAGGAUGUCUUCCACUGCCAGAGCGCCGUGAUGUCUACCUGCUUUGCCAAGUUCAAUCCCAAUCUGAUACUCGGCGGCACCUACUCGGGCCAAAUUGUCCUCUGGGAUAAUCGUGUCCAGAAGCGCACCCCCAUACAGCGGACGCCGCUGAGCGCGGCAGCGCACACACAUCCCGUUUACUGUCUCCAGAUGGUUGGCACCCAGAAUGCGCACAACGUCAUCUCGAUAUCGUCGGACGGCAAGCUAUGCUCGUGGUCGCUGGACAUGCUGUCGCAGCCCCAAGAUACGCUAGAGCUGCAGCAGCGCCAGUCGAAGGCCAUUGCCAUCACAUCGAUGGCAUUCCCGGCCAAUGAGAUCAACAGUCUGGUGAUGGGCAGCGAGGAUGGCUAUGUCUAUUCGGCCUCGCGGCACGGCCUGCGUUCGGGGGUAAACGAGGUGUACGAACGGCAUUUGGGGCCCAUCACGGGCAUCUCGACGCACUACAACCAGUUGUCCCCGGACUUUGGCCACCUGUUUCUCACCUCGUCCAUUGACUGGACCAUCAAGCUCUGGUCCCUAAAGGACACAAAGCCGUUGUACUCGUUCGAGGACAACUCGGAUUAUGUGAUGGACGUCGCCUGGUCGCCCAUUCAUCCCGCACUUUUCGCUGCUGUCGAUGGUAGCGGUCGUCUUGAUUUGUGGAAUCUCAAUCAGGACACUGAAGUACCAACAGCAUCGAUUGUCGUUGGCGGUGCGCCGGCGCUCAAUCGUGUCUCCUGGACCCCGUCCGGACUGCAUGUCUGCAUUGGUGACGAGGCCGGCAAGUUGUAUGUCUACGACGUGGCUGAGCAUCUGGCGCAACCUUCGCGGGAUGAAUGGUCACGAUUCAAUGCCCAUCUCGGCGAGCUAACGAUGAACCAGGGCGACGAGGUCUAAGGCGUUGCCGUAGUCGAUGGUAGCCGAUUGGCGAUAGCUGAUAGUCGAUUGUUUAUACUGGUACGAUUUCUGCGAUUUCUGUAACCUCCUCCUUUCGUUGGGCCCUGCGACUCGACAAACGAAAGACCCCCAAGUCCCCCAAGCCCAUGCCCAAGUGGAUUGUAUUUUAUAUAUUGUGUGUUUUUAUCCAUUAUCUAUUAUGUGUGAUCCUGCUCCAUAGUUGUGUAUAGCCCAGAACCAAUCAUCAAAAACAUAUGCAUUAUCAAGCAACCAGCAAUAGAAAGGUCAUUGAAUGAAAUUCGAAAAAGAAAACAAAAAAAUUAUAUAUAUAUAAAAAGAUGAAUUAUGUAAAAGAAGAAAGAAUAGUGUAGUCGAAGGUAGUCUUCAGCCCCAUCCUUGAUUGAUAAUGUAAUUUAUUUUUUGUAUUAUUAGAUAUUGGUUUUAUUCUCCACAUUUGGAUUCAUAUACUCUUCACUUAUUAUUUUCGUGGAACUAAUGAGAAUCAAGAGUAAGCAGAUCGGAUCAGAUCAGAUCUAUAAUUCGAUAGGAUGCAUUAUCGGCAGCAGGCUGAGAAAAACAGCGAGAGAGAGAUAGAAAGCAACAUAUAAAUUAAAUACUAUUAUAUUAUAUAUUCGAUACAAAUAAUUAAGCUUAAAUCCGACGGUAGAGAAAUGGAGAACGAACAAGCACAGUAGCUCCUCCCAAUUGAAAGACAGAGAGCGAGCGCCACAGCAUGUAAAUGUAUUAGAGCGAAGCCUAUUUAACGAGAUUAAAUAAAGAUAAUAUCUAUAUACAACAGA